AUGGAGGCCGCGGUCGGGCGGCGGGUGCUGGGCGAGGUGGAGGAAGCGAGCCUCGACGAGUUCCUGACCUCCUUCCGCACAACGCUGCACGCACUCUCGGCAGGCUAUGCUGCCGCUGCCGCUGCCGCUACCGCGGGCCUCGAGCCCGCGAGUGCUCCUACAAGGACUACUACUAGCAAUAACAAGAAGUUGGCAUCGCCUUUCCCCAUCCCGGCCCUGAACGAGCUGGCCGAGCGCCACCUGCGGGCCACGUCGUCGCCGACGCUCUCCGUCUCGGGCCGGCACCUGCCGCUGCUCUACAAGCUGGUCUCUACGCUCGUGGCGCGCCCGCACGCCAAGGCCGUCGUCGUGAUCGACCUCGAGCACCGCUUCGACGUGUCACGGGUGUUGCAGUGCUCACCUUACCGGGAGCCGCCGCCGCCGCCGCCGCCGCCCGCGGAUGGCGAAGGUGCUGUUCAGAGUGAUGUGGCUGGUGCCACCACCACGUCUGCGGUGGAAGGAGGAGGUGCCCACGCCGGCCGGCCGGAAGCGGCCCCUCCGCUGGUGACCCUGGCCGACCUCCAGCACAUCCACGUCUACCGCCCGGCGCGCAGCCCCGGCACCCGCGUCGCCGACCUGGUCGCCGCCGCGGAGCAACGCAUGCUCUACGGGCAGCACGGCAGCCGCCGCCGAGAGUGGUGGGGCACCAUCGUGAUCGGGCGCGCAGCUGCCGCAGCAGGAAGUGGAGGGGCCGGCGACGUGGCCGUCGAGGCCGGCUGGAGGGGCUGGCUGCAGGUCGCCGCCGCGCAGGAGGCGACGAGCUUCGGCUCCUGCCUGAGCCUGGAGGAGGGCCUCCUGGAGCGGGAGCGGGGGCGGAGGCGGCGGGCGGCGGGCAGGCAGCAGACGUGGGUGGCCAGCUCCGUCUGGGGCGGCUUCGAGUUUACGGAGUCGUAA